UUCUCAUUUAACGAGAAAACUAGUCUCAAUAGUUGUAUCAAACAAAAACGAUGUUAUGCGGAACAGUAGUGUGAUUUAGCUGCUUCCAAAUUGGUGAAUGGUUCCAAAUGGCUUCUAUAGGAGUAGAAAAGAAGGUUGAAGAAUAUGAACGCUUUGUGAAUGAGAAACUGAGAGAGGAUCUCCGAAAGAUUAUCGAACAGAGAGACCAAGUUUACAGUCAAAUAGCAGAAUAUUUACAGUUGAAAAACACCAUUGAACAAAUAAAGAAAGCUGGCGUAACAGAAGAUUUGAAAACGAAAGUUGACCUUGGGUGUAACUUCUAUGUGCAGGCUAAUAUUGCUGAUCCAAGAACUAUUUUUGUGUUUGUUGGUUAUGGAUUCUUUGUAGAAAUGAGCUUCGAUGAGGCAAUCAAGUUCAUAGACAAAAGAACAAAGUUUUUGAAUGACCAUACUGACCAUCUUACAAGUGAAGCUAAUAAAGUAAAGGCAAAUAUUAGACUUGUUAUUGAAGGUCUGAGGGAGUUACAAAACAUACAAAGUGCUGAUGAAGAAACUAAUAAAAAAGACUUAUUUUUGUGAGAUUUCAUGAUAAGUAUGUUUACCAAAUAAAAGGAAAAGUACAAACAGAAAGACAUUGGAAUAUUGCGAUUUACAAAAUGAAUGAAUUAUCAAGAUUAUAUAAUGUCAAUACUGUUCAUUUCGAAUAAAAAAUCUGCUGAAAAAUGUGAA